GCUAACGUUAGUUAGCUAACGCCACUACUAAUAGUACUAUUACCGGUAACUGUAGCUAGACAGUUUAGUAAAAGAUGAUAAUUUGGAAACAACCAAUAAAUGGAAAAUACAUUAUCUCUUAAUUUCACAGUAACAACUACAACUGACUGUUGUAGCUAGUCAUUUUUAUUGUAUGUUUUUUGCUAUGUUUUGUAUUGUACUAUGGACCGUUUUUUGUGUCCUGAAUAAAGAAUAAAGUAAAGUAAGUAAAGUCACAUAUACAACGCUGAAUAUGAUAUGAAUAUGCGGUACGUAAUCUCGACCACAGAGACAAUGCUGUGUGAUGAUUAAUGUUAUGUUAUCAUAGCAUUUUUGGGGGGGUUUCGUUUUUUUUUUCUUGGAUGUUACUUUAUUAUAAGAGACUAUUCACAGUCUAUGUAAGAUACACAUAUGAGUAUUAUAUGUUUUUUGUUAAACCGUCGACGAGGCGGAUAUCCUUGCGCGGAUACCGGAAACUACCUCUACUACCAAUGGUCGGCGAACAGCUGUGAACAGCUGUGAACAGUAGCAAUACGAUUCUUUUCAGCGGCUCUUUUUGGUACGAUAGAAAGAGCACCGAGUCGUAACACUUCGUGGUGAGAGUCGUUCUUUUUAUCGUUCUGCCCAAAUUUCACUGCCUGCCCUACAUCCGCUCUCCUUUGCUAAACGUAGACCGAAAGAAAUGAGAACAAGAGGUAACCAUGUGUUUGGGAAAAACAAAAUAGGCCAAACUCGAAAACGCAGCGGCAUUUGGAUGCACUUCAGCAAUAAAGGCAACGAUAAAGCGGAGUGUAAUAUUUGCAGAUCAAAUUUAUCAUAUAAAUCCGGGUCAACAAACAAUCUUCACCGCCACUUAAAAUCACAUCAUCCAAGGGCGCAAGUGGCCAAGGAUGUGAGACGACAACGAAGUUCUGAUAACGAUGACCAAGAUAACCCUGCAUCAGUGGAGGUGGCUCUGGAGGACUCUGACACCUAUACCACGGUGAAUGAUGCUGAUAUUAACUCUGCCAUUAAUGGCAUCCUGGAAGAUGUAAAAGGAAGUCUAGCAGAACCAAUAACACACAAAGAGGCGAGUGAUGACCGCUCUGUGAAAUGUAGACAGAAAAAACGCAGCUUGGUUUGGAGGCACUACGAGUACCUGGACAGUUUGGCUGCUGCUCGUUGCCGCAUUUGCAUGAAGAAGUUACAGUGCCAUAAAGGCAGCAGCACCAGCAACCUGCAUCGCCACUUGUCAAAGAGACACCCAGGGGUCUUUUCUCAGCUGGUAGCAGUCAAGCAGCACCCACCACCACCCCACUCAUCACAGGGCUCAAAUGCUAAAGGUGACACAUCGACCCCACCAGAAACUGUUGGGGUGCCAGAGAAGCAGAGACAGUUUUCAGUGGAGGUGGCUCUGGAGGACUCUGACACCUAUACCACGGUGAAUGAUGCAGAUAUUAAUUCUGCCAUUAAUAGCAUCCUGGAAGCUGCACAAGGAAGUCUAGCAGAACAAAUAACACAUGAAGAGGCGAGUGAUGACCGCUCUGUGAAACGUAGACGGAAUAAACACAGCUUGGUUUGGAGGCACUACGAGUACCUGGACAGUUUGGCUGCUGCUCGUUGCCGCAUUUGCAUGAAGAAGUUACAGUGCCAUAAAGGCAGCAGCACCGGCAACCUGCAUCGCCACUUGUCAAAGAGACACCCAGGGGUCUUUUCUCAGCUGGUAGCAGACAAGCAGCACCCACCACCACCCCACUCAUCACAGGGCUCAAAUGCUAACGUGGAGGUGGCUCUGGAGGACUCUGACACCUAUACCACGGUGAAUGAUGCUGAUAAUAGUUCUGCCAGUAAUGGCAUCCUGGAAGAUGUAAAAGGAAGUCUAGCAGAACAAACAACACACAAAGAGGCGAGUGAUGACCGCUCUGUGAAAUGUAGACAGAAAAAACGCAGCUUGGUUUGGAGGCACUACGAGUACCUGGACAGUUUGGCUGCUGCUCGUUGCCGCAUUUGCAUGAAGAAGUUACAGUGCUUUAAAGGUAGCAGCACCAGCAACCUGCAUCGCCACUUGUCAAAGAGACACCCAGGGGUCUUUUCUCAGCUGGUAGCAGUCAAGCAGCACCCACCACCACCCCACUCAUCACAGGGCUCAAAUGUUAAAGGUGACACAUCGACCCCACCAGAAACUGUUGGGGCGCCAGAGAAGCAGAGACAGUUUUCAGGCAAAAUGAACGUUUCAAGAACUUCUGAAGGAGAAAAGCGUGUGUUAAGGAGAGAGCGGGAGCUGAUAGAAGCUCUGAGGAGAGUGCAGAAGGAGGAAGCUCGGGCUCUGGAGCAUCAGAGGGAGCUGCUUGAGAAUCUGCGUGCAGUGAAUGCCAGGGAGGCAGCUGCAGAGAGGCAGCAGAUUGAGUCACUGAGGAAAGCACAGCUAGAGGAAGCCAAAGACUUGAGUAGACAGAGAGAAGAGGUACAGAAGGAAAAGACAGAGCUGCAGAAGAAAUGGGAAGAGCUUCAGCAGGAAAGAGAAGAACGUGACUUGUUAUUGUCCAGAGAACAGCAAGCCUCCUGAUCAUAUCCUAACAUCACUGGUACCUUUUUUCCACUGAAAACUCACCAAUGGAAACUAACUUUGAAGAAGGAAACUACCACCUUUAACAGCCACCUGUCAAGUUUCCACAGGAUGAGCGUUUGAUGCUUAAAUUAUAGAUUUUAGGUGAAGUAUCACAUUAUUUUACAUUAACAGAAACAGGCUUGUCCUAGAAAUUACAGAUUAAUGACCUUUUAUUGUUAAACUGUCAGAAGUUUUAGGGUAUUUGACUACUAAAUUUAGUUUAAAAGUUUGUGAAAGGUUUGUAUACAUGUGUUAACCAUUGAAGUAAAUGUAUGCUUUUACAAGAUUUUGCUUCAUGCAAUCUAUGCAUAUAAAGUUAUUACAAAUGUUUAAAUCCCGAGAGUGGAGCCACGAUCCACCCCUGUACACCAUUCAUCCCUAAACAUUACAGGUCUUUUCGUUGAGUAGAACCACUGGAUCUGACAUGCGCAAGAGUAUAAAUGUGUGCCUCUCUAACUUGCUAAGACCAAAUAAGGAAACAUACAUGCCUGUGAGUCUCUGUUAAAAUAUUUAUCUUUUAGAUUUAGUGUUGUUUUAAUUGAUAAUAUGGCUUUUUGAGCACAAUGUGUUGCAUUUAAGUUGGGAAACUGUACUGUUCAUCUGCCUGGAGGAUAUUUCCCUAAAUAAAUACAGUUGUAUUCAUUUAGUGUUUUGGUCAGACUGCAGUUUAUUAUGUAAAGACAAAAUCAAAGUCUUUACCUGUAUUAAAACCAUAGAACACA